UUUGCAGUUUCUCAAUUUUCUGAUCUCUUGGGGGACCGGAAUCGAUGGCGGACUCAGACAACGAAUCCGGCGGUCAUAAUAACAGCAUCGCCAACAGUGAGUUCUCGCCGAGAGAACAAGACCGAUUCCUUCCCAUCGCCAAUGUGAGUAGGAUCAUGAAGAAAGCUCUCCCUGCAAACGCCAAGAUCUCCAAAGACGCAAAGGAAACCGUACAAGAGUGUGUGUCGGAGUUCAUAAGCUUCAUCACUGGCGAAGCAUCAGACAAGUGCCAGAGGGAGAAGCGGAAGACCAUCAACGGCGAUGAUCUAUUAUGGGCCAUGACCACUUUGGGAUUCGAAGAGUACGUGGAGCCUUUGAAGAUUUAUCUCCAGAAGUUCCGGGAGAUGGAGGGAGAGAAGACAACCAUGGGUCGUCCAGGUGAGAAAGACGGCUCCGGUGGCUCUGGCCCCGGAGGAUCAGCCGGCGGUGGCAAUGGUGGUUUAGUAAACCCGGGGAGUACCGUUGCCGGCUUCAACGGUGGUGGGAUGUACGGUGGGAUGCAGUCGGCGAUGAUGAUGAUGGGUCAUCAUCAUCAAGGCCAGAUGUACAGCUCUGGCCCUUAUCAUCAAAUGCCUAUGGGAGGUGGUGGUGGCCCAGCCAAGGGCAACUCCCCUGGCUCCGUCAGUGGUGGUGGCGCCGGAGUUGGAACUGCCACUGGAAGGCCAAGAUAGGUCGUCAAUUGUUUCAAUGGGUCAGAUUGGUUCUUCUUGUCUACUUGGUUGGACCCUUU